GUAUAUAUUUACAGUAUUUGUUGAACUGUCUUCAGUGCAACUUGUUUCUGAGUUUAGUUAGUUAUUGUGUUCAGUGAAUUUAGUGUAGGUAAAUAAGGAAAAUUAUUUGGUGAAAUGACUUACGACGGUUCAGAUUAUGAGGAUCAUGAUGAUCCCAAAGGCCAGGGGCAGCCGCCACCAUACACCGAGAGCGCGACAGACGUGCCCCCCACUGAGAGAGCUGCCACCACCACCACCAUGCACUCUUCCACGUCAACAGCAGUGGGCUUCGGUGCAGGGGUGACCGUCGUGACUGCCCAACCGACCUACCCUGCGUACCCCACAGCAGUCGUGUACCAGGGGAACAUGAACUAUGUACCAGCCGGCGUCAACGUGGGACAGGGACCUUUCAUAGGCCCCAAGGAGUCGCCAAUGACCUGUCCCUCCUGUCAGCAGAGUAUUACCACUAAAGUUGAAUACAAGGCCACGAUGAGAACUCACGUUUGUGCUCUCGCGUUCUGUAUGGUUGGGCUUCUUCCGUGCAUGAUCAUCCCAUACUGCGUGAAGGGUUGUCGGAACGCCGACCACUACUGUCCCGAGUGCAACGCCUUCCUCGGCACCUACAUGCGAGUCUGAUAAUAUUACUGUGAUAAAUACAGAUGUAAGAAUGUUACUUAACCCAGUCCUAUAAUAUAGGAAUAUCUAGUCAACAUGACUGCACAAUGCAUUUAGAAUCGGCAUGUAUUUAGAACUAAGAACCAUUUUCAAGUGGAUUUCGGCAGAAAUGUCGGGUAAAGGUACUGUGCCUUUCUAGUAAUAGAUACCUACAUCGAAAGUUUAGAUGAAUAGGUACCUACUUACCUGUUAACUUUGAAAUCGAUAUUGUUUUGUAAAAAUCAAUACACAUUACAGAUUUUAAUUGUUUACAUAAUACUACCAGUAUUGAGUAACUAUAUAGAUUUUGAUUGAUUUGAUCUGAUUUUCUCAAAAAAUUCAGGUAGUUAAGCAAGAGAUAAGAGGUCUAGCUUAGAUUCAAUCUGAAGUGGCUUGCUUUAGUUCGAAAGGUGGCGCUAGGGAUGCGCUGUUUUCUAUGAUGACGUAGAAUACUGAGGAGUAGGUUGGGAACAAGGAAAUAUCCUAAAGCCUGUUCAGUAGGUUAAUAUUUUUAUGUAAUGAUUUUGUAAAUAAAUAAUUGAUAAUAAG